AAAACUAAUUGACAGGGCUUCGCCCUUCAUAACCAUCAGCCUUGAAGUCAUUUGAAAUUAUUUGUGUGGGCAGCCUUGCUCUUUCUCUUGUCGCAAAAAUCUCUGAGGCACAUGCGAGCUCGCGGCGACAUUUGCCCUGCCAUCAGCCAUGGCAGCCUCGGACGAGGCCCGGCAGGCCCAGCCCAACUUUCAUCAUCCUUACUCGCCUUAUGACGUCCAAAUCGAGUUCAUGAAAGCAGCAUACGAUGUGCUCGAGCGCGGUGACGGCCAAGUCGGCAUUCUCGAGAGCCCAACGGGCACGGGCAAAUCCUUGUCGCUCAUCUGCGCGUCAAUGACCUGGUUGAGAGACUUCAAAAGACGCGCCUUUGAGGCUUCUGUACAGAUCAACCCCAACGACGCCGAGGGAGAACCGGAUUGGAUCAUCGAGCAGAUGCUGCGACGUAAGAGAAACGAGCUGGUGGCAAAGUGGGAGGAUCGUGAGGCUCGACUCGAGGCUGUGCGCAGGAAAGAAAAGGCAACUGAAGACCGUGCGAACAAGCGGCGCAGAGUCGACAGGCCGGUCAUCUCUAAAAGAGCAGAAGAUGAAGAAGAAGCCGAGUUUCUGAUUGACGAUUGGGAAGAGGGUGGUUCUGUUGGCGCAUCUGCAACCUCGGAUGAUAAAGAUGGCUUUGGCGGCUUGAGCAAGGAGACCAGAGCUCUGCUGCAAAAGAUUGGGAUGGGGGAAGCGAAAAAGAUGGAAGCUAACGAUGAUGAGACUCCUGAGGAGGAGAUCAAGAUUUACUACACCUCGAGGACCCACUCUCAACUGACGCAGUUCAUCUCGGAGCUGCGUCGUCCUACUUUCUCCUCGUCCCUGCCAGACCAUUUGACGAGUAAGAAGAAUGACACAUCGACAGACGACGAACCGGUGAAACAGAUCCCACUAUCAUCGCGGCAGCAGCUCUGCAUCAACUCGGCAGUUUCAAGGCUCGGAUCCGUGGCUGCCAUCAACGACAGAUGCAGCGAGCUGCAGAAACCACAGUCAAAGGAUAAAUGUCCCUACAUUCCAAGCUCCGAGAAUCUCGCCCAGACGCAUCAGUUCCGCGACGCCGCCUUGGCAACCAUUCCUGACAUCGAGGACCUUCAUGAACUGGGAAAGACUCACCACGUGUGUCCCUACUAUGCAUCACGAUCUGCAAUACCCAUGGCAGAGAUUGUGACUUUGCCGUACCCAUUGCUGCUCCAGGCGAGUGCCCGGGAGGCUUUGGGAAUUAAAUUGGAGGGGAAUAUUGUGAUUAUUGACGAGGCACAUAAUAUCAUGGACGCUGUGGCAAAUGUCCAUGCCGCAGAUAUCCGGCUGAGCGAUCUGCAGAGGGGGCGGAAGAUGUUGGGAGUCUACUUCAAGAGGUUUGGGAAGAAGCUCAAGGGCGAGAACAGGAUCAUGGUGGCGCAGGUCGUGAAGGUCAUUGACGGGCUGACCGAGUGGUCGACCGCAGCCUUGUCGGCCAAAAGUGAGCACGGAAUUGUCGACCCAAAUUCCCUUCUCAAGAGCAAAGGCAUUGAUCAGAUCAACAUGUUCAAGCUGAUCAAGUACAUACAAGAAUCUAAGCUUGCCUUCAAGGUGGAAAGCUACGCAGCCCACAUCCAGCAGCCCGAAGGCCCGAGCAACACAGCCAAACCGCCUCCCUCAAAUCCUGUACUUCAUUCUCUUACCUCGUUCAUCAUCGCCCUCACCAACCCUGCCGAUGAGGGCCGCAUAUUCUACGAGAAAACCACGAGCCCCUCGGAUAUUAAACUCUCGUACCUGCUGCUUUCACCGACACACGCAUUCUCAUCCAUCGCAACAUCAGCCCGGGCAAUCAUCCUUGCCGGCGGGACAAUGUCACCGUUCGAGGACUACAAAAACCACCUCUUUCCCUAUUUGUUGCCCGAAAGAAUCACCACCCUCAGCUGUGGGCAUGUGAUACCUGAUUCGAAUCUCUGUGUUUGGACACUGGCAUCUACUCGGCCCAGAAAGACGCUGCAAGGUACUGCCACGACGGAUACAACAAGCGGCUUGUUCGAGUUUAGCUUCCAGAAGCGGAGUGACAAGGGCACAAUUAACAGACUUGGACUAGCCUUGCUGAACAUUUGCUCGAUAGUACCAGACGGUGUGGUAGUUUUCUUCCCUAGCUACGGGUACCUCGACGAGGUAAUCGAGGUUUGGAAAGCCCCGCCAGGGACUGAGGGCGGAAAGCCGCUGUGGGAAAGGCUUCAAGAUAAAAAAGCUCUUUUUAGAGAAAGCAAAGGUGGGUCGAGCGAGGAGGUGUUGGCGGCAUACACCGAGGCAAUAUUGGGAGCCGGCCAGACAACCGACCGCAAGCAAGCCAGGGGCGCACUGCUUCUGAGCGUCGUUGGCGGCAAGAUGUCCGAGGGCAUCAACUUCUCAGACCGCCUGGGUCGAUGCGUCGUAAUCAUCGGUCUCCCAUACCCCAACAUCAACAGCCCCGAGUGGAAGGCCCGGAUUGAGUACCUCGAGUCAUCCACUAUUGCCCGGCUCACAGCCGCCUCGCCGUCAUUAUCAAAGGCCCAGGCGUCGCAGGAGGCGAAGCAGGUCGCCCGGGACUUUUACGAAAACGCCUGUCUCCGCGCAGUCAACCAGAGUAUUGGACGAGCCAUACGGCACAAGGCUGAUUAUGCGGCUAUCGUGCUUGUUGAUCGCCGAUUCGAGACGGAGCGCAUCCGUAGUAAAUUGCCUGGGUGGAUUAAGGGACGACUGGUGCGUGACGCAGAGUCGCAAGGUCUGCAGGGGCUGAUGGGCUGCUUGAACAUGUUUUUUAAGGACAAGAGAGCGGCGAAAGAAUGA